AUGACUGACACAGCGAAGAAAGUCCUGAUAUCUGGUGGCACGGGUUUUGUAGGCUCGGCCGUGGUGCGGGCUCUUGCAGAAAAAUACCCAAACUUUACCAUCGCCGUCAUCGACCAAAACCCUCCACGAGCCGAGCACGUCCUACCAGAAAGAACUACGUGGAUCCAGGUGGAUAUUACUUCAACUGAAACAUUGAGCAAAGCAUUUGAGGCUGUGAAGCCAGAUAUCGUUGUCCACACUGCUGGAGUCGUCCCAGAUCUGGCCGAACGGUUUGGUCGCCGACUGGAACAGGAGGUAUGGAAGAUCAACUUUGAAGGCACACGGAAUAUUCUGGAUAUAUCCAAGCACAGCGGGGUUGAAGUAUUCAUAUACACGAGCAGUUGCUGUGUGGUGAUCGAUGAUACGCGUACCGCUCAUCCUAACAUCAAUGAAGAAUGGCCAUCGGCAUUUAGGUCAACCAUAUAUGGAGAGUCCAAGGUUGGAACUACCGAUCCCAUCAGCAAGGUUCCCGGCAUCGAUAUGAAAGCACUUGUUCUAAAGGCCUCAAGCAGUAAAAUGGUGACAUGUGCCCUCCGGCCAUCGGUACUAUGCGGACCAGGAGACUACCAGCUAUUACCAGCUAUCCACGCAUGUAUUGCCAAAUAUGAGACCCCUUUUUUGAUCGGAGAUGGCUUCAACCUGUGGGAUAUCACCCAUGUCGACAAUGCCGCCCAUGCUCAUAUCCUAGCCAUAGAGAAUCUGCUAUCAUCUCGCACGGCUGCAGGCGAGGCAUUUUUCAUUCAGAAUAACGAACCUAUCGCCUUUCGUGAUUUUUGUCUGGCAAUUUGGGCGCAUUUUGGGCAUGUCCCCCCUUUUCAAAUGCAUAUCCCUAAGAGUCUGGCUUACUUCGCCGGGUUGGUGUGUGAGACUGUCACCUGGUUGACGGGAACAACGACAACUUUGAGCCGUGGAAGUGUACAAGAUGCAUGCGCCAUUCGAUAUGCCAGUGGCAACAAAGCCAAGGAGAUUCUGGGGUACGAGGCGCGCAUAGGUAUCGAGGAAGCCAUCCGUUUGAGUUGCGAGGAUUAUGCUUCUCGUCUCGGGUUCGAAUUGCCUCCUCAAUAG